GUCACGCACCCCAUGCGGAAGUAGGUGACACUCUCAUUGGCUGCAGGACCGCGCCUGUGGGAGCGGGCCAUUUGGAGGAGACCGGAAGUGGGGUCACUGAGAGGUACUAUGAAAUAAUUAAGGUUAAGAGAAUUAAAUGAUUUGCUGAAGUCCACACUACCAGUGAAUGACAGUGAGAACACAUCCUGGAGUCGGAAUCCAAAGCCUGACACAAGGUACCAGAAAUGGAGAAAAAAGUGAGCAGAAUCUGUCUUGCUUCUGAACCUGAUAUAAUUCAUUUUCUACAAGUCACUUGGGAGAAAACGCUAGGAUCUGGUUUUGUUAUUACACUGACUGAUGGCCAGUCAGCAUGGACCGGGACAGUUUGCGAAUCAGCGAUUUCCCAAGAAGCUGAUGACAUGGCAAUGGAAAAAGAGAAAUAUGUGGAUGAACUGAGGAAAGCAUUGUUGUCAGGAGCAGGACCGUCCAAUGCAUACAAGUUCAAUUUUUCUAAAGAGUCUUGUCAUUUCUCCUUUGAGAAAAACCUGAAAGAUGUUUCAUUCAGACUUGGUUCCUUCAAUCUAGAGAAAGUUGCAAGCCCAGCUGACGUCAUUAGAGAACUUAUUUGUGACUGCCUGGACACCAUUGCAGAAAACCAAGCCAGAAAUGAACACCUGCGGAAAGAAAAUGAAAGGCUUCUGAGAGAUUGGAAUGAUGUUCAAGGACGGUUUGAAAAAUGUGUGAGUGCUAAGGAAGUUUUGGAGGCUGAUCUUUAUAAACGGUUUAUUCUGGUGCUAAAUCAGAAGAAAGCAAAAAUCAGAAGCUUACAUAAAUUGUUAAAUGAAGUUCAAGAACCUGAAAAGAACACAGAGCAUGAAAGGGAAACUGCAACAUGUUCUGAAAUGAAUGCUGACAGAGCUACUGUCUAUGAUGAAAGUACUGACGAGGAAGGUGAAAACCUUCCUGAUCCCUCAGUGUCAACUCCAGCUACUUUAAAAAGAGAUGAUUCCAUUAUUUCAAGUCCUGAUGUCACUGAUAUUGCACCAAGUAGAAAGAGGAGGCAACGGAUGCAAAAAAAUCUCGGCACAGAACCUAAACUGGCUUCUCAGGAACAUCAGUUUCAAGAAAAAGAAAAGCUUGAUCCUCCACUACCUGAGACGUUGAAAAAGGAGCAGCAGAGCUCAACUGAAAACAUGUCUUUAGAAACUCUAAGAAACAGCAGUUCAGAAGACCUCUUUGAUGAGAUUUAACUGUCUCAAAAAAGUACUUUGAUGUUCACUAGACUAUAUUUUCUAUUCAUUUCGUUAAACUAAAAAAAGCAAAAUUUCAAUUCAGCAGCAGCUAUUACUUCAUCUUACAAUUUAAUUACAUACACACUGAGUUGAAGCCAUUGUGCAAAAUGGAUUAUACAUGUAUAUGAAGAUAUGAUUUGAUGACAGUGGUACAUUAUUCUAAACUAUUCAUUCAACAUGACUAUAAUUACAUAAAAUCUCACUUUUUGUUACAAAGGACAUGUUUAUCUUACUCUGUUCACACAUAUUAUAUAUGGUAGCUGUCUAACAUCCUGUCUAGGAAGACUUUGGAAAUAUGACAAAGAAAAUGUCUGCAGGUUUUUUUGAAUAGUCAUAUUCAGAACAAUUACAUCUGAGUAUUUUGAUUUGUUGAAUGGUGUAUAAACCUAUUUUUAGUUUGUACACAAACAACCCGAAAAACUGAUGAUAUAAUUUCUGAUACAUUGAAG